UUCAUUGAUAGAUUUCCCCCGUCAAAAAAAAAGCCAUGAUUCACUAAGUUUUGAGUUCGGUAAUCUAAUCUAAAUGUAAGGUUCGGUAAUAUAUGAUACCAAAUUUUUGUUUUUUCGAAAUUCUCGGCUUGUAUUCCGAAAUAGUGUUCAGUGGGAGAGCUUUAUCUUAUGUUACAAAAUUAUCAUGGCACUUCUCUGCUGAUCCCUUUAGGAGACAAAAAGCGUAAUGUUACGUUACACACAGCAAUGUGUCAGUAGGCCAUUCAAUGUUUAUUAAACUCAGUUAUCUUGUAAAACAUUGUCUUAGAUAAUAUCCAUCUUAUUUCGUUUUAUUUUUGUUUCCGCAAUCACAUUUCACCUCUUCACCUCGGGAAAAACUAGUAAAUACGAUAUAAAGAUACUUACCCAAAUUAUUCAUGUAGGUACCUAUUACCCUAUAAAUUCGGGUAGUCAACAAGUAAACAUUAAAAUUGCGAACCUCUGGUUUAUAAAUUAUUUUAAAAUAAUUACACUUAUAUUUGUAUUGUUUUGAUGUGUUGAAUUAAAUAGUAAUCAGUGCCACCUGCCUGCCAAGUGUUUUCAACCAGUUACAGAAGCAUUAUAUGUCACUUAACCCUAUACAUAACUUGCACUUGGUUAUAUCAUGGAAGAGGUCCCACGUCUAGUGUCUGAGAUGACCAGCAUGUUUAAAAAACGCAUGGCUGACUUCGAGCGGCAGCAGAGAGAUAACGCAGGCGCAGCAAAUGAAGCCACACCAGUGCUCUCAGCAGAGUUCACAGCGUUCCGGAGCUUUAUUAUGCAGUUUCUCUGUGUAUUCCAACAGCAAGUGAGCUUCAUGGUGCAGAGUAUGGACGAUAUGCAGAUGCGCAGCCGGCGUAAAAUACUUCUUCUGCAUGGUGUGCCUGAGUCAGAUGCAAAGGAGGAAGAUACUAAGCAAGUGGUGGUAAAAGUUGUCAAGGACCGCCUUAAGCUUGAUAUAAAACCAACAGACGUCAAGCGGUGCCACCGUAUGGGGCGAACCUCACAAAAGGCUCGACCCAUCUUGCUCAAGCUGCAUGAUGUGGCUCUCCGCGAUAACAUCUGGCGUGGCAAAACAAAGUGCAAGGGCUCGGGUGUUACAAUCUCGGAGUUCUUGACAAAGACCCGACACAGCGUCUUUAUGGAGGCUCGGGAGAAGUUCGGCGUCAGUCAGUGCUGGACGAGGGAAGGCAUUAUAUUUGUCCUUGACUCAAAAGGUGUUCGACAUCGAUUGACUUCCAGGAACGACCUCGAUACUAUCGUUCUCCAACAACCUGAGCAAGGUGCUGCUGAACCUGUCGUUGCAGCUACUGGAAAGGUGGUGCCCAAGGCAAGGCGUGCAGCAUCUCGAAAAUAAGUAUUUUCUUUAGUUACAUUUUCUUGAUUUUCUGUAGGUAGUCUGGGUAAAUUAGUUGCUUUUAUUAAAUGGUAUUAAUUGUCGUAUCACCUUCACUUUAACUUUAUGUAUUUUCUAACUUGUACUCAGAUACGGUAGUAGUAUUAUUUUAUUUAUUUACAUGUAAUUUUUGUUUUCGUAACUCAUACUACUAUCAUUGUCACUCAUGUCAUCCGUCACUGUCAUGCAGAUUAUAAACUUAUUUUUGGUCAUAAUUUUUUUUUUUUUCUUUCUACUCUUUGAUUCAUUGUGGUCCAUAGAUUUCAUAGAUGUUUAUAAAGAUUUUCAUACAACUGUCAUUGGUACUUAGCAGCGUUUCGUUCCACGUACUGCAUGCGCUCGCAACAUGUAAUGUUAAUAAUUUUU